UGUAAGCGUGCGCGCACAUUGAGAGCACGCGGCUUGGCUGCUCUACGCCGACUUACACCCACAACAAAACAUAAACUAAACUUAUAAAACAACCAAGUGCUAAUAAUAAACAGACAACCGUUAUUUAAUAAAACAUUUGUUUACCGUGAAUACUGUGUUGUGAGUUUUAUGGAACUCCGUAAAUGUUAAUAAAAACAUUCCGAACCAAGCCAUGUGACUACGAAGAAAGCGAAGAAUUAAAAGUGAUGUGGUGGUCGGCGCUGGUGUUGCUGCUGGUGGUGGGGCGGAGUGCCGCCUCCUCGUGCGAGGAGGCCCGGCUGCGCUGCGCCUACCGCAGCGGCUGUGGCACGGCGCUCAACAACUACAUGAUGCUGUGCAACGAGGUGCUGGCGCAGCCCUCCGACACGUGCCCCGAGGGCUGCGAGCACGCCCUCAUUGCCCUCACCUCCACCGAGGAGGGCAAGGAGCUCAUGACUUGCAAAUGUGAAGACGCAUACUGCGUAGACGCCAAGCAGAAGAUAAACGUGUGUCGGGCGCAGGUGCUGAAGGGCGCCGCAAACGUGUCGUCUUCUUGUCGCCUGUCCCAACUCAUCUGUCAGGCAGACGCCCAGUGUAGAACCGCCUUAGACUACUACAACGAGUACUGCAGAUCAGUCUACCGCGGCAGAAAAUGCUCCAAGAAAUGUCUCAACUCCAUUCAAAUAUUGAGAAAGCAGGAAAAAGCCGCCGCGUUAACAGCCUGCCAGUGCGACGGAAACGAAGAUUACGACUGCCCCAAAAUGCAGAGCAACCUUGACAGACUUUGCUUUCACAAACAUCAUAAAAACCACACAAAGAACCACGAAAAGAGCUUCGAACAGAGACAUAAAAAGACGCAGCACUCACAUUCGGCAGCGGAAAGAAUACUCGUUUCUGUGUUAUUAAUAAUAACUCUAUGCAUUUCACUGACAUCCAAUUCGUGACAAAUGCUGAUCUACCUCAAUUGAGCAAUGUAUACUAUGUGAGGACAUUAAUAUGUACAUAAUGUAAAUAGAUUUAGUAGCUUUAAGAUCAUUUGCGAGCGUGUGUGUGUGUGUGUGUUGUGUUCGAAUGUUUUGGUUAAUAUAGAUAUUUAAAUAUGUCUUGUACGCUCCAGCCGCCCACGGUUCUGCGCGGGCGUCGCUAUAAAUAAGGCAGCGUCGGUGGUCCGUUGACAAAUGCUAGGAUGUACCCGCGAGUGAUCUAAUGACUCUACGACGAUACAAAUUAUCUUUGACAUAUUUGGCACAGAUGCAACUGAGAGUUGCUACUAAAUAUCUUAAGUUCGAAUAAUCGUAUUGGCUAGCUUACGUACCUAUAAAUUUACUAAGUGUGUGUUGUUUGCGCUUCUGAAAAAAAUCUAUUAAAAUAUCAUUGUGAAGUACCUUCACACAGUCGACAGUGUAGUCAAUAAGUUCCUAAUAGCAAUACUAUAAAAAGAAAAGCAAGAAUGAAUAAACUCAAAAUCAACUUGACCUAUUAUACAAAUUCAUUCACCGAUACAAUAAGGUAAAUGUAUAAUACAAUGCUGAAGGUAUUAUGUCUGAGUAACAAUGGAUGUAUAAAUUAAAAAUAAUUUGAUAUUUUAAAUUUUAAUAAUAAGCAUCGUAGUAAAAGUUGGUUUGUAAUACUUCCAUCGCAUCUGAUCUUCAUUGAUCUGCUUCUAGGUCUCUUCCGCCCCAUGGUCUCCAUUCAAAAAACGGUUUUCCCAUCAGCCAUGUUUCGGGCUCAUUGUCGUGCCAACUGCCACUUCAUACUUGCCACUCGUUUGAUGGCACCAUAUUUUGUUCUCUAAGCCAGGCGUCGUCUUGCAGUCACCUGCUAAUAAACCCUUUUGAUCUACGUAAUAUUAUAUGGAUAACAUUUUUAAAAUGAUGCAUUGUAAAUUGAAAUAAGUCCUUUUUAAUGUUUGUGUAGUUUUGAAUUAGACCUAUUUAAUUAAACGUUUACUGUUAAUAUAAACGAUACUGUAAUCAACGCCACUGCUUGUACAACUAUAAAUUCAAAUGUUAAUGAAAAUAAUCAUGAUAGUACUUACACACUCAGAGUAUAUACAGACAGAUAUCUGUCAGACGAAUGAAAAAAUGCAGGAAGUGGAAGUCCCAGUGAUUUAAACCGGCGCGACACUAAUUGUCUUUUGGUUAGUCGCCGCUCUUUAAAUAGGUCGGUGUCAUUUUGCGUUUUUUAGUAUUUCCGCGUUAUUCUUAUAGAAAUCUUAUUCCAAGUUUAACAAUACCCGUGUCGUGAUUUCUGAUAACGUAAACGUAACUUUCAGAUCAAAAUCUAGAGACGACCCACAACAUUCUAAACAGUCUAAGAUUGGUACAUGGCGAAAAAAUUCCGAACCAGUUUUACAAAAUGCUCAAAACUUGUUAACUAAGAAAUUGAUUGGAGAAAUGAUAAAAUAGAAUUUGAGUGUCGCAACUGCGGAUCAUAUAGAAUUACAAAGAAAUAAAAAUGUAAUGAUGGCCCGCUAACUUUAGAUCCGGGAAUCGAUAGUAGGAAAUUGAGACCUGCUGUUGAAAUUUGCUGCCUAUUUAUCGCCGAAGGGCAUCAGUACACAAUUUACAUAAUAUUGCGACGCCUAUAUUUUUGUUUCUAGGGUACAUUCCCAACUCUGAAACCCAUUUCGUGAAAUCUACGCCAAACUUCCUUCCAAGCUUUCGCUCUAUAAAUUUAUGCGUUACAAUUUUUUUCCAAGAUCACAUAACCACCAAAGCAUUGCAAUAAGUGUAACUAUAUCUUCCUUCCUAAAUACAUGAUAAUUACUGGAAAUUAUUCCUUUUGUUUUAGAAAUUCAAAUGCGCCGUAAUUAAAGUUUUUGUUUAAUCAAAUUUUAUGAAUAUAAUUCCAUAUUUAAUGCACUUAAUUGAGAUUUCCUUGUAGACAACGUAAUGGAAAUUCUUCGAAAAGUCGAUGCAUGAAUCGAAAGCGUCCUACAACUCCUCGUAAUAAAGAGGCUGAAACCGGUUGUGAGAGCAAGCUCUUUCUUACGUCCGUUGCUCUAUUUGUUACCUUGAAUCUUUAUACUAAACAAAAACACAUACAUUUACAAAACAAAACAUUUAUAGAUACAUCGAGAACCACUUUAACAAAUGUAUUCGUUAAUUUGCAGUAAAAUGAUUCACAAAUAAUAUUUUGUUCCGUUAUACGCUAUGUGGUAAGUACUAUAUUCUCAAAAACUACAAAUGAGUAUUUGAUUUUGUACAAUUUACAAAACUACUUACUUGUCAUAACAGCUAUUUAAUUUAAUUAACUUAAUUUAAAUAGCUGUUAUUUUAGUUUAGGUUACAAUAGUUUUUAUUUCCAAAAUAUUAUAACGACAACGAACCUAAGAGGUCUUGGUUACUUUCAAUUGUUUCCAGAUUUAAAAAAUGCAUUUUGUUUUAAUGCAAAGACAUUACGUGUAUGUAUGUGGGUUAUAUGCAUAUGUGUCUGUUUUAUUUUUAAUGUAAGUAUAUAUUUAAGGUAUGUGGGUUAAACUCGAAUGUAAAUUUGUUCUUAUAUAAUCCUUUAUGGAAUUCUACUUUAGAUUAGAAUGCCAACUUUUGCUAGUUUUUAUUUAAAGAAGGUUGUUUUUUGCCUUUGAUACAAUUUAGUAUUUUAUAUUUAUUAAGUUUGGCUUGAUGUAUUGUCUGGUGUAGUACAAUUAAGAUAGAGAUGUUUGCCACCUUCUUAAUCGUUUUUCGAAUAUAAGUUUAGUUAAGUGAAUAUCGUUUAAUUUUAAUUAUAAAAAGGAAUCCAUUUAACCACAGUUUACCAAAGUGAGAUUAUUAGAGAUAAAGAAAUAUGUAUGUAAAUUUAUUAGAUUUUAGGAAGAUUUAUUUUAAUUGAUUGUCGUACAAAGUAUUUUAGAACUAAAUUAUUUAUUAAUUUAGAGUUUAGUUAUUUCGUAAUUAUUUGUUGCAUUUGUUUCGUUUUUGCUUUUAUUUUAAGUAUUAGUUGUAUUUAUUAAUCAAAAUUGCAAUAAAUUUCUGUUUUCUA